AGCACGCUGGUGGGCAACGCGCUGGUGUGCCUGGCCGUCCUGCGCUUCCGCCACCUGCGCGCCAAGGUCACCAACUGGUUCGUGCUGUCACUGGCCGUCUCGGACCUCUGCGUCGCCCUCCUGGUGAUGCCCUGGAAGGCAGUCACUGAGGUGGCUGGUGGCUCCUGGCUCUUCGGCAGCCGCUUUUGUGACACCUGGGUGGCCUUUGACAUCAUGUGCUCCACUGCCUCCAUCCUCCACCUCUGCAUCAUCAGCCUGGACCGGUACUGGGCCAUCGCUAGCCCCUUUCGCUAUGAGCGCAGGAUGACGCAGCGUCUUGCCUGUGCCAUGAUAGCCGUGGCCUGGGCCCUCUCCAUCCUCAUCUCCUUCAUCCCAGUGCAGCUACACUGGCAUAAAGCCAAGGACAUGAGAUAUCCAGGCUCCUGGUUGCCUGGGACACCCCGCUGUGAGGUCAGCCUGAACCGUACUUAUGCCAUCACCUCCUCCCUUAUCAGCUUCUACAUCCCCGUGGCCAUCAUGAUCAUCACUUACACCAGGAUCUACCGGAUUGCCCAGGCCCAGAUCCGCCGCAUCUCCACCCUCGAGCGAGCAGGGGGGCAGUGGCCAGCUCACGGCAAGGAACCCACCUCCUCUUUGCGGAGUUCCUUGCGGAAGGAGACCAAGGUGCUGCAGACCCUUUCUAUCAUAAUGGGAGUCUUCGUUUGCUGCUGGCUGCCCUUCUUCCUGCUCAACUGCCUGCUGCCCUUCUGCCAGCCCGAGCUGGGGAAUGACCACGAAGGGCAGUCACCCUGUGUUGGCCAAACCACCUUCAACAUCUUUGUGUGGUUUGGCUGGGCCAACUCCUCAGUGAAUCCAGUGAUCUAUGCUUUCAACGCAGACUUCAGGCGGGCUUUCAGUAACCUGCUGGGCUGCCGGUGCUUCUGCUGCAGCACACCCAGAUCCACUGUGGAGAGGGUCAACUUCAGCAAUGAGCUGGUUUCCUAUCACCAUGACACCACCUGCCAAAAGGAAGGAGCUGCCUCAUCAUCAGUACCCCCCACUGCUGUCACUGCCUGGGUGCAGCCUGUGCCCCAUGCUGUAAGCCUUCAGGGAGAGGACAGCAGCGAGGAGAUGCCGUUGGAGAAGAGGCCUGUGACUUCUCAGACACAGGCUGCCCCCGGCAGGGCUGCCCCUGGCAGCAGCCCCAGGAGUCAUCAGGUGCCGGCCGUUUUGCAAUUUGAUUGCGAGGCAGAGCUAUCCCUGGAAACUAUUACCCCCCGUACGGGGCUCGGUCAGUGCGAGGGACCCCAUCACCCUGUUCCAGAGGGAUAA